AUAUGUACUAAAUUAGCACUCUUACUUUUCAAAGCUAUUGUCUAUACUGGUGCAGUAUAAAUGAACUAUUUUCAUGUAAUUUGACAGACAAACUUGACUGUUUGUGAGCAGCAGUCAGGAUGGCGCCAUCUUGUGGUGACACUUUUUUUGCCUACCAGCUUUGGUCAGAUUUAACCUCUUGCACAAACAAGAGAGAUUACUUUUUGUCAGGUAAUACAAGACUCUUUUCAGCUUAGUUUGUGCCUGUGUCUGUACAGAGCCAGGAGGUGGAGCAAGUUUACAUGACUACACCGUGAUGUAAAUAAAACCUCAAUAACAUGUAGAUUUCAGCAACUAUCUAUGUCUGUUCAAGAAUAAGAGAAUAAAGCUGUCUUCACAUAGGUUUACUUCUUGUAAAUAAAGUACAUUAACAUAUAAUCUAAAAGUUAAGAAAGUGUUUCCAAAAAGUGGUGAAAUGGUUAUUUUAUUUUUUAUUGAUUUACUUUAUUUGUUUUUGGUUGAACAGUAAAAUUGCACUACAUUCUACAUUUCUCUCUUUCUGUUAGUCUAAUUAAAUCCACUAAUUUAAAAAAAAAAGUAGUUUGUUAAAACCCAUCACAAGUUUAAUCAAGCACAAGAGAUAAAAAAUGUGGCAUGGGGCCCAGUAAAAGGGGUGUACUGUUUAAAUCCAAGCUGAGCUGAUAACGGCACUUUAUGAUACCAGUACUAGGAAUUUCAAACCCCAGCUGAUAAAUAUCUGGUAGAUUAGUGAGCAAAAUCCUUUAUAUUCAACAGAAAAAGCUGUACACGAAGCACAGGGAGUGGAACAGGAGCUCUUUUUUUGCUUCAAGAAUAUUAGCACGGCCCUAUAAAUGAGAAUAAAUUACAAUAGUGCAAUAGUGUGGCAUAUUCAGCAUAAAUUUUCAUAUUUUGCUUAUAUUUGUUGAAAACUGAAUAUACCAGAAGCGAGUCAGUUUAUUACUAAGGUUGGGGUCAGAUUGACUUUACGAUUUAACCCACUUGAGAUAGGCUUGAGUAUAUGAAACCCAUUUUACUUUUUCUAAAGUCUUUGUGAAAUGUUUUGUUCUUGUUUUUAUUAAUCUUGCCACUUUUUCUAUUUUUAAAUCAUUUUUCCUUUUUACGUUUUAGUACGCAUGGUACCAUAAACCUUAGAGAUACAUUUACCAAUGCAUUUUUCCAAAACAUCAGGAACUGCCAAUACCCUAUCUUGUUUGGUAGCUGAAAUGAGCCUUAUCUCUAUAAGGAAAAGGACAAAGUCCUCGGUGGCUUAUUGAAAAACAAAGCUCAUGUGCCCUGGUUGGAUGUGAAUGUAAGUAACAAUCCUUAACAGCAGCUCCUCAUCUGCGUCUGAUUAUAAGUGUGAACAGUAGGAACAAUGAAACACAUUUCAGCACUGGUUUUGCUCCUUCUCCUGGGGAUGUCCUCAGCACGCACCUAUCAAAAUGUGGCCCUGCGUGGCAAAGCAACCCAGUCAACCCGUAUCAAUGAGGUAUUGUCGGCUGCCUACGCUGCAAUUGAUGGAAACCGUGAUUCUGACCCUCGCCAUGGAUCAUGCUCACACACCAAUCGACAGACCGACCCCUGGUGGAGAGUGGACUUGCUCGAGUCCUACAUUGUCACUUCCCUCACCAUCACCAACAGAGGAGACUGCUGUCAUGAAAGGCUCAACGGGCUGGAAAUCCACAUAGGCAACUCUUUGAAUAAUGAUGGCUUAAUAAAUCCAAAGGUUGGAAAAAUUUCAGAAGUUGGUGCAGGCAAAUCCUACACUGUGAAUUUCGCUGGUCGUGUGGAGGGGCGUUAUGUAACUUUGACUCUUCCUGGUUCACAAAGGAUCCUCUCACUCUGUGAAGUGGAAGUCUACGGAUAUCACGCUCCAACUGGAGAAAAUCUUGCACUUCAAGGAAAAGCCUCACAGUCAUCACUCUAUACAAUUGGUAUUGCCUAUAAUGCCAUAGAUGGAAAUCAUAACAGCAUAUGGGACGGGGCAUCAUGCACUCAUACAAAACAAGACUUCAGUCCCUGGUGGCGACUCGAUCUGCGCAAAACCCAUAAAGUUUUUUCUGUUAAGGUACUGAAUUUAAAAGAUCCUGUCUCAGAACGACUAAAUGGAGCCGAGAUCCGCAUUGGAGAUUCUCUUUACAACAAUGGCAACUUUAAUCCCAGGUGUGCUGUGAUCUCAAGCAUCCCAGGAGGUUCCAUUCAAGAGUUCCACUGUAACGCGAGUGACGGGAUGGGGAUGGACGGCCGCUAUGUUAACAUAGUCAUCCCUGGAAGAAAUGAAUACCUGACUCUGUGUGAGGUGGAAGUGUAUGGCUCUGUCCUCGAUUAGCUGUAAAGCUUGUGAAGAAUAACUGUGCAAGGUUUCUCUUACAGUUUUAGAUACACAAUAACUCAAAAGUGUUUUCCCAAAUUCAAAGGGACAUGCAAAAACAAAUAAACAAAAAACAAAAUCGCAACAAAAGUGUAAUUUAUUAGAAUAAAUUGUGCUGGAGGAAAAACAAUAUUAUUAAGACUUGAUUUGUGAAAAUCAAUACUUGUACAAAUACAAUAUUUUUAUAUUUAUGCAUAUUUUAUUGUCAAAAUGUUUCGGCUGUAUAUUAAUUCUGAACUGAUAAUUGUAAUGUGUAACCUUUGCUUUAAAGAUUUAUUUGUAAAUAAUUAAA